AUGAAGCGGGCUGCAGCUGUGGCCUCCGAAGGUGGCAAAACCGCAGUGAAAAAGGCAAAACUCAUCCAAUUGGAGGAGACGUUUCCGAAACUUGAUUACUUUGACCAAUUUCGAGACACUAAGGUGGACCCUGAGAAAUUCGCCAAGUUCGAGGAGACAAACACCAAAGAGGCCGUCGAGGGACUUAAAUAUAUACUGUCGAAGGAUCCGACUUUGGAGCCAUACCUUACAAAGCCAUUCCACUCCUAUUUGAAAGAUGUGGGCGGAACUAAACCCCUCAAACACUAUUUCGAUAGUCUAGUCAGCGGAAUGAUCUCGCAGCAGAUCAGUGGAAAGGCAGCCAAAGCAAUCAAACAGAAGGUGAUUGACACACUUUCAAGGGACAAUGAACUUCCAGACCCGGAGAUAUUCGACUCAAAGUCGAUAGAAGAGCUCCGAAGUUGUGGUCUCUCAAAUAAAAAAGCAGAGUUCGUGAAAAGACUAGCCAAGGCCUUUAUCGAGUCAGAGGAGGUGCCUCCAGAGGGGGUGAAAUUUUCACAGUUAUACUUCCAAACCAAGGACGAUAUAACCAUCAAUCUCGAUUUACAAAAAUUCAAAGGCAUAGGGCCGUGGUCCGCGUCCAUGUUUCUGAUGUUUGCGCUCCAACGCUACAAUAUUUUCGAGGUUGGAGACCUUGGAAUACGGCGAGGGGCCACGGUAUAUCUUUCUGAGCGGCCUGAGCUGCUGGCCGAGAUAAACGCAAAGCUCAAAGAGCUAGACCUCCCCAAACUGCCAAAGUCGUCGCAGAAUUCAAAGUAUGCAUCUGACCACGUGAUAAACUGUCUGGCACACCAGUUUGUGCCCUACAAGAGUAUCUGGAUGCUUUUGCUUUGGCGCAUAAGUGACACGUCCAUCGAUGCAUUAGAGUAG